CCAUCGUGUGUAGUAACGAUCAAUCACCGAAGGUGCUGUCCUUUCGGCAUCAAUCUGGCCCUCGACGUCCAUUAAAAGUUUUAUCGGAACAGCCGGUGUCUCGAUAAACACGUACUUUUUCUUGUCGGACGACAAACGGUGUAACACAAAAUGGUCCGCCCUUAACAGAAAGCCGUGUGAUGUGCGCGUGGGCAAAUGUUUCCGGUUAUGCUUAGCUACACCCAAUUAGCAAAUAUAUUGUUAUUUACUGUUAAAGUACUGUACUGUUAUACUGUUGUCUUAAAAAUAAUACGCGUAAUAAAUGUAUAUAAGUUGUUAACAUGUUAACAUGUUCAUUGUGUUUUGACUCAGGAAGCCAAACGACAGCUAAACGGAAGUGGAAUCUGUGGAAGGGUUGUCAUCUUUGCCCCACCUGAGCAGACCUUCAAGACCUGGGUGAUGAAUUCCUCCACAUCUGUCCGCUCCAGGGAAGCUUGAACGGAAGCCAAGAACAGUGGAAAGAACCCGGCCAGGAAGGAUGCAGUGUGUGUUUUUAUACAGGUCCUGGAGGAGGCGAGCCAGGAUGGGAGGAGCAGGGACAGGCCAGCCUGACAGGAGGAGGAGCUGCCACGGUGAAAGUGGAGCAGAAGGGGCGUGUCCUUGCGGGCCCACGUCAUCGUGGACUCUGAACAGGUCGUCGCCUCAGACUGAGAUGCUGCAGCCAGGCGGCGGAGGACGAUGCGGAGGAUGUGAGGAGCAGAUGACUUGUCGCACGUGAGGCUGCUCACCAGGGAUGAGUUGGCUCCUCUUGUGGAUUCUCACUGCAGUCGGGAUUCGACAGGCCAUCUCCCAGAAUUCCACUGCCAUGGCGCCGGCCUCCACGGCCCCGCCCCCGUCGGUGGAGCCGUACAACCGCACCCAGUACUGCAAGUGGCCCUGCCAGUGUCCCGCUCGGCCCCCCGCCUGCCCGCCGGGCGUUAGCCUCCUGACGGACGGCUGCGACUGCUGCAAGGCCUGCGCCCGGCAGGUGGGCGAGGCGUGCAACGAGGCGGACACGUGCGACCACCACAAGGGCCUGUACUGCGACUACAGCUCGGACAAGCCGAGGUACGAAAAAGGAGUGUGUGCAUACAUGGUGGGCACGGGUUGCGAGCACGACGGCGUCAUCUACCGCAACGGCCAGAGCUUCCAGCCCAGCUGCAAGUACCAGUGCGUUUGCGUCAACGGCGCCAUCGGCUGCGUGCCGCUCUGCACCGAGUCCCGGCCCCCUCGCGUCUGGUGCCAGAGCCCGCGCCGGGUCAAGGUACGCGGCCGGUGCUGCGAGCAGUGGAUCUGCGACGAGCCCAGGAGGGGGCGCAAGACGGCGCCGAGGCACGCCGUGGAAGCCGCCCCGGCUGAGCUGAGCGGCUGGCACAAGAACUGCGUGAGCCAGACCACCUCGUGGAGCCCCUGCUCCAAGACGUGCGGGCGCGGCCUGUCGCUGAGGGUCUCCAACGCCAACGAGCGCUGCGAGCCGGUCAAGGAGUCGCGGCUGUGCAACCUGAGGCCGUGCGAGGUGGACAUCGUCAAGCACAUCAAGCCCGGCAAGAAGUGCUUGAACAUCUACCGCCAGGAGCAGCCGUCCAACCUGACCAUCUCGGGCUGCACCAGCAGGAAGCGGUACCGGCCCAAGUUCUGCGGCGUGUGCACGGACGAGCGCUGCUGCAUCCCCUACAAGUCCAAGACGGUGGACGUGGACUUCCUGUGCCCCGACGGCUCGGCCCUCACCUGGAAGAUGAUGUGGGUGCAGGCCUGCUUCUGCAACCUCAGCUGCAGGAACCCCAACGACAUCUUUGCCGAGCUGGAGAGUUACUACGGCUACCCGGAGGUCGUCAACUGACCCCUGACCUCAUUCUUCUACUCCGUGCGUCCUUUCCUCUUCUGCACCUUUUUUCUUUAGCCGGUUCCACGUGGACUUAUCAAGACUAAAUGCUAAGUGUCCUUACUCUUUUUUUUUUACCCUUUACAGGACUUGGAAAUAACCCUCCAAAAUAUAUAUUCUAUAUAUUUAAAAAACUGUUUUUUUCUGUAUCUUAAGAGUGUUUUUUUUUAAAUAUAUAUUUAUGAUACCAAUACAUUUGCGGAAUAUUCUUUUCAAUUGUUUUUAUGAAAAUGUUCUUUUACAUUUUUUUUCUUAUUUUUAUUUGCUUUUUUAUUAUAUAAUACUUUGAUUAAUGAAAUUAUUAUUUAUACAUAAUAUAGUUUAUAUUUUUCAUGUCCAAAAUGUGACCUAGAAUAGAUGAUAUCAAAAUAUUUGAUCAUUUGUGUUUAAAAUGGGCUUCUACUAGAUUAUAGUGGAGUAUCUUUUACAUUAAUUUUACAUUGUGACAUUAAAUACAAAACAUAGAUAUCUAAAUGUCAUCUUCUUCAUUUGAAUAUUGUAUCAUUUUUGUUUCAAUUU